ACUGCUGGACACUUUUGACAUCUGUUGGCACAGUGAUACAUGGAAGUACAAAACAAGAGAAGCAUGAGGCAACACUGUGCUCUGAAACAUGGAAUAUUCAAGGAAUUCCUUGCAGAAUUUCUGGGAACAUUUGUCUUGGUCCUGUUUGGCUGCGGCUCCGUCGCUCAGACUGUCCUCAGUCGAAGCACCCUGGGCGAGCCCCUCACCGUCCACAUCGGUUUCUCUGUAGGCCUGAUGAUGGCAGUGUAUGUGGCCGGUGGAGUGUCAGGGGGCCAUGUGAACCCUGCUGUGUCCCUGGCCAUGGUAAUUCUGGGCAAACUGAAGAUCUGGAAGUUUCCCUUCUAUGUCAUCGCGCAGUUUCUUGGUGCUUUUGCAGGAGCUGCUGCAGUCUUUGGAUUAUACUAUGACGCCUUCAUGGACUUCACCAGUGGGAUUCUGUCAGUGACAGGAAUUAAUGCAACGGGCCACAUUUUUGCCUCAUACCCCGCGAGACACCUGUCAGUCCUUGGCGGCUUCAUUGAUCAGGUGGUGGGAACAGGUAUGCUGGUUUUGUGUAUUCUCGCCAUCAUCGAUGGUGGUGGAAACAUUGGAGCUCCUAAAGGUGUCGAGCCACUGGCCAUUGGCCUGAUCAUCAUGGCCAUUGGCGUGUCCAUGGGACUGAACUGUGGCUAUCCCCUGAACCCUGCCAGAGACCUGGGACCCAGAUUGUUCACAGCUGUGGCAGGAUGGGGGAUGGAGGUCUUCAGCAUGCAGACAACUGGUGGUGGAUCCCAGUGGCGGGGACCGAUGGUGGGGGGAGUGAUAGCAGCCGUCAUCUACUACCUGUUCAUCGAGCUGCACCACCCCCAUGUCGAGCAUGAGAAGCCCCAGGAGGAAGAUGACGAGGACGAGGACGACGAAGAGGACGAGGACAGCAGUCUGAAGGACAAAUAUGAGAUGAUCACAAUGAGUUAAAAAAAAAAAAAAGACAUUAACCCUUCAGGACCGAAUGGUUUUACUGUCAGUCAGAUGAAGAACACCCAGCACAGCUUCCAUCUGUAAGGACAGGCUCCAUGUGUCAGUGUGAUGUCAUUGGUAGCUGGAUAGGCUGUAGUUACACUUCUGAUUGACUUUAUGCUUUGCAGAGACAAAGACCUCCAUGGGUCUAAAUAAAAUAAAAUAGAUUUGGAAAUGUUGUGAAAAAAACUGAAGCUGCACCACAGGUUAGUGUUUUGGUCUGUAUUGUGGGUAGAAACACAGAAAAACCAACGCUGGGUUGUCUGCUCUGCAAUCUAACAUUUUAUUUUUGUAUGCUUCGUAAACUCAUGAAAAUCUCACUCCCUGUAUUUCAGAUCAUUACAUAAACAUUACUGGCAUAUAGUGUUGUAAAUACUGUUUUGUAUAUACAAAAAAACAUUCUCCUUUUUUUUUUUUGCAUGUACCAAAGAUAGAGUAAAAGUUAUGCAUGCAUGCAAGCCUCCUUUUAGAUUUUUUUUCCUCGGUGGUUGUUGUGACACACGCGUAAUUAACCUUAAGCUUAUGUUCUGACUUUUGCAAAAGUCUUUUACUCGUUUUGUUUUGUCUGCAUUAAAGUUUCUACAAGUUUCAA